CUUUUUUAAUCUGUUGACAUGCGCCCCUUAGCUUUGGAGCAACAACAUUUUAUUCCAAGGGCGAUAGUUUGAGGCACUUUCCAAAUCAUUUCGACUCCCACUGAAGCACACUAAUGCUUGCAAGCGGGACACAUUGGGAAACUGCAAAUUUGAAUUCCUUGCUGCAUAUUUUAAUGGAACUGACUGAUACAGUGGCAACUGACAAGGACAAGCAUAAAAACGAGUUUUUGAGAAAUAAGAAAGUUUCCAGAGAACAUGAAUGUCAUUUUAAAUACUCCCGAGCUAUUUCUCCCUUACCAGGGUCACUUUAUCUUGAACAACAAAGACACUCAGACAAGCCGGCUUUUCAAAAGCUUGAUCGGAUCGCAGCAUUCAAGAUGGGAGAUACGCAGACUAGCAGCAAAGACAAAGAAGUCAAAGCUAAGGAAUCCAAGGAUAAGGGGUUCGGCAAAGAGGAAUUCAGAGCUGGCGGUGAUGUUUCAAAGAGUAAAAAGGUCCAGAGGAAUUCCACAUUGGGUAAUACUGAAGGGGCUGAAAAAGAAGGAAAAGGGAUCUCCAGGAAAAAGAAGGAAAAGCUCACAAAAAGAGAGAACCCCGAUGCAGAUUUGGAAGAUUUUGUAAGAGCUGCUCAAAUUCAAGUAAAGGUGGAGCCAGAGGAGGAAGACUUCUGCAUAAACAAGAAGGACAAAGUGAAGAAGAGGCUCAGAGAACAGGAAGAACCAGGGGGAUCUCUGUUGGAAUCAGCAAAGAAGAAAAAGAAAGUGAAGAUGGAGGUUGAGGAGGCAGAGCAAGAGCCAGAAAAACAGAGGAAGAAAAAGAAGGAAAGCAAAGUGAAGGUAGAGGAGAGCUUGAGGCAGCUUCAUGAAAGCCAGAGAAAGCAGGCGAAGAAGGAGCAGGAGGGGCGGCCGGUGUCUGCUAGGGAAGGUGGCAAGCACAAGAAAAGCAAGGAGGAGGUUGAGGCAGCGAAGGCUCUGAAGAUCAAGAAGAAGGAGGAGGAGGAGCUGCAACGGUGGAGGUGGUGGGAAGAGGAAAAGUAUGAAGACGGCAUCAAGUGGAAGUUUCUGGAGCACAGAGGGCCCUGGUUUCCCGCUGAGUACCAGAGACUUCCUGAUAACGUGAAGUUUUAUUAUGACGGAAAGCUGGUGACCCUGAGUUCAGCUGCUGAGGAAGUAGCCGUCUUCUUUGCACAAAUGCUUGACCAUGAAUAUACGACCAAGGAGGUUUUUCGGAACAAUUUCUUCAGUGAUUGGAGGAAGGAAAUGACCUUGGAGGAGAAGAUGAUCAUCACCGAUUUGAACAAGUGUGACUUCAGUGAAAUUUACAAGAUGCACAAGGAGAAAGUGGAAGCGAGAAAAAAUCAAGGCAAGGAAGAAAAGCAGAAAACCAAAGAUGCCAAUCAGAAACUGUUGGAAGAGUAUGGCUAUUGCACUUUGGAUCACCAUCGGGAAAGAAUUGGGAACUUCAAAAUUGAGCCCCCGGGACUUUUCAGAGGAAGGGGAGACCAUCCAAAGCAGGGAAUGCUGAAGAAGAGAAUCCAGCCAGAGGAUGUCAUCAUCAACUGCAGCAAGGACUCGAAGAUCCCCCAGCCUCCCCUGGGCCACCAGUGGAAGGAAGUGCGCUGUGACAACACUGUGACAUGGCUGGCCAGCUGGACGGAGAACGUGCAGGGUUUGUGCAAGUACGUCAUGCUCAACGCUAACUCCAAGCUCAAGGGAGAAAAGGACUGGGAAAAGUAUGAAAUUGCUCGAAAGCUGAAGAGCUGCGUCGAAACCAUACGGACACAGUACCAGGCAGACUUGAAAUCCAAACAGAUGGGCAUCCGACAAAGAGCUGUGGCACUUUACUUCAUAGACAAGCUGGCCCUGAGAGCGGGCAAUGAGAAGGAAGAGGGGGAGACCGCAGACACAGUGGGCUGCUGCUCCUUGCGGGUGGAACACAUCAGUCUUCACCCAGAGCUGGAUGGAGAGAAGUAUGUGGUCGAGUUCGACUUCCUGGGUAAAGACUGCAUCCGCUACUACAACAAAGUCCCUGUGGAGAAAGCGGUCUUCAAAAACCUGAAACUUUUCAUGGAGGACAAGCAGCCUGGUGAUGAUCUGUUUGACAGGCUGAAUACUGCAAUGCUGAACAAACACCUUCAUUCUCUGAUGGCUGGCCUGACGGCAAAGGUCUUUCGAACGUACAACGCCUCGAUCACACUGCAGCAACAGCUGAAGGAGCUCACCAACGCGUUGGAUAACAUCCCUGAAAAGAUCUUGUCCUACAACAGGGCUAACCGAGCGGUUGCAAUUCUGUGCAACCACCAGCGGGCUCCGCCAAAGACCUUUGAACAGUCCAUGGCUAACCUUCAGGCCAAGAUUGACAACAGGAAGGAGCAGCUCUCCUUAGCAAAAAAAGAGCUGAAGCAGGCGAAAAAAGAUGCAAAGGACCACGCAGAUGACAAGCUCUUAGCGUGAGUGUUAGUGGGCCACUGUGGGGUUGUGGACAGUUUUGUUUGGGUUGUGAUGGAUGGGUGACUUGCCAUUGAUUGUGAAGAAAAGGCUUGACAUAUUUUUUCCUUUUCCUGAGCCAUGCUGAAAAUUACUUUAAGCCAUUAAAAAUCUUUACAAUUGUUGAUUUGGCUCCAUUGUUUGAAUUGCAGUGCUCUGGGAUUUUUAAAUGAAAAUUUAGAUUUUAAGUGCUUCAGAAAAGACCUUGGUUUUAAUCUGAAAUGUUUUUAUGCUCCAUGCAAAAGAGACAGUAGAUAAAUGUCCUUGGAAAAUGAAGUGUUUUUUUUCUCAAUUUGUUCACAAUAUGAAUAAUUGCAGUUGCAUUUCGCUCCAAAUGCUGAAUCGUACUGCUAACUGCCAGUUAACAUCUGUGAAGCAGAUGACUCCUGAAUAACAGGUUUAUCUUCAAUUAUUUGUGGCUUCAUAAGAUCUUUAUAAUGAUCAUAAAUUAAACUGUGCUGUAUAAUUUUAACCAAGGGUGCAAUGCUGUGGUCAUUAAGGAGACCUCCAUUAUUGUGUGCUGUAAUUACUAAAUUCAGCAGUUUAAUAAACCUAAUGAAUAUAUUUAUAAUUUUCCUAGGCGUCAGAAAACCACAACAGAUCGAGAUUAUCAAAGCUUGCAGCUGUAUGGCAUUGCUUUACAGUAACAGACC